AGAGAGGUCUUCCAUCUGCCAGUCCACUCCCCAGUGGCCGCAACAGUUGGAGCUGUGCCACACUGAAGCCAGGGGCCAGGAGCUUCCUCCAGGUCUCCUACGUGGGUGCAGGGGCCCAAGGACUUGGGCCAUCCUCCACUGCUUUCCCAGGCCACAGAGAGCUGGAUUGGAAGUGGAGGAGCCGGGACUCGAACUGGCGCCCACAUGGGAUGCUGGCACUGCAGGCAACGGCCCUACCCGCUAUGCCACAGCGCUGGCCCCAUGCAGGCAUCUUUUGUGCUGGUCUCCACACUUGGAGUACUGAGCACAAUGACCACUACCACAACAGCUCCCAGAGCGUGGCACUAUACAUCCAGGGUCUCCAACCUUGCUGGAGCUUCGGUUUUAAUGAGACCUCCAUCUGCUUAUCCUUGCAUUCUGCUCUCUCAUUUCCGUCACCAGCAAUUCUAGUUCCACACUAAGCUUCUCCCACACUCUGCGUCCACCACCCUCCUGGCUCUCUGCAGCUCAUCUUGUCCUGCCCUGCACCAGUGUAUCCUGUAACUCCCUCUUCCUUAGCAGUGGGUCUUCUUCCAGAGACUUCUCGACCGUUUCGAGGGGUUCUCAGGUGUCUUUCCUUGCAGGAGAAUGGGUUUGUAUUGUUCGAAUGCAUCCUUCUGUGCUAUUGGUUGCAUUCCCUCCCAAGCCCUUUACGUUAUUGCUUCAUCAGUCACUUUUUCUCUUUGCUGUUUUUAACUUACCCUCUCUCCCACCCCCUUGUCUGGUUUAAGCACCUACUUAAAUGGUGCAUCUUUUAAUGAUGGGGAUGCUUUCUGAGAAAUGUGUUAGGCGAUUUCAUCAUUGUGAACAUCAUGUAGUGUACUUGCGAGGUAGGAACAUAGGCAUUAGCCUACAUCUGAGAGAGAGACCAAGGAACAAACACAUUGGCUUAGGCCUGUACGGGGUCAUGCUCAUCAAUAUCACUUGCACAUCUUGUCCCACUGGAAGGUGGUCAGGAGCAGCAACAUGCAUGGAGCUGUCAUCCCCUGUGAUGCCAAAGCCGCCUUCUGGACGCCUGAAGGAGCUGCCUGGGACUAUGUAUAGUAACCUUGUUUUUAUAAGUAGUGCUCUGUAAUGAUAAGGUUAGUACAGUCAGUCUGUAAACCAGUAGCAUAGUUGUCUGUUGUUAAUUGUCCAGCAUCCAGACUGCAUGUGCUAUACUUUUAAACAAUGGCAGUGCAGUAGGUGUGUGGACACCAACAUCACCACAAACAUACAAGCAGUGCGUUCAUAUGACGAUACAAUGGCUGUGACAUCACUAGGUGAUAGGAGUUUUUCAGCCCUAUUCUACUGUUGCCAGGCCACCAUUUUGUAUGUGGUCCAUCCUCCACCAAAGCAUCGUUGUGUGGCACAUGACUCUCAGAGGUCUCUUAAGAAAAACAGUGUCCUGCCUGAAGCCUGUGUGUCCAUUCUGUUACUGUUAUCCUUUGACAUGGAACAAGAUGAGUUCUUUGGGGAGAAAGCAUUCCAGCAUUGUUGUGCAGAAUUCAUCAAACAUUCACAACUGAUAGGCGACGGAUGGGAAUGGAGAACGUCUAAGGACUGUUCUGAUGGCUACAUGUGCAAAACGCAUUUGCAAAUUAAAAACGGGACUGUGGCGCCUCGCCCAAGACCAUCUGCCCACGAACAGACGGGUCUUCCCAUGGAGGAGGCAAAGGGAGCGGAGAGCAGAGCCUGUGUUCCCUUCUUUGUGGUUAUUGUUCAACAUUCUAAGCUGCUGAAGCAAAGCCAGCAGAGGGAGCACCAAACAGUAUUUCUGUUUAGCUUAAAGCUUAAAAAUGUGUUUUUAAAAUUUUUCCUUCACUUGCAUUUACAAAGAUGCCUACAGCUAACCAUUGAUUGAUUAUACACUUUCGCUAUAUAACUUUAAUUUUUCUGUAUUUAACUUAUAUAUUAUUCUGUAUUUAACUUUGAAGUUAAAAGAUGUAAAGGGGCCUUGUUUACGUUAUUCCAUUCCAUAAACAUUCAUCAGAUGCUUACUGUAUCAAAGAUUUAAUGCAUGAUCGAGAGUCAAAAGUGAAUGUUCCAAAGUCACUAUCUUUCAAGAAUUUAAAUUAACUUGGAAGGAAAGAAAUGUAAUAAUUAUUUGCAAGACAGAACGGUAAUAAAGGGAGAAUAUGAUCCAAUUUUUGAUCACAAAUCAGUGGAGGUAUUAUAGGGAAGGUGACAUUUGAAUUGGACCUUGAGGGAGAGGUUUCCAAAAAUGGAAAUUCCAGACCAGAGGCAGCAGCAUAAAUGCAGGGUGUGUCUGGGGAAAGGCAAUUAUAGGGUGAAGGUAGAGCCUGGGUGUUGGAGGGGUUACGCUGGGAGGUGGGGUCUGAAAGCCAAGGUGGAGUUAGAUAAUGGGGCACCUUGAAAUCCGUGCUAUGGACUUCUGGUUUUAUUCCGUUGGCAGAGGAGAGCAAACUGCAAACAAGUAGGAAGACACAAACGACGUUCUAAUAAAAUAAUGCAUGUUUCAGCAUGAAAGGUUGCCUGGAGAACUGAGAUUAAAGAUGAGACAUUACUCUUGUAGACAAGAUCAGACAUUGUAACAUCCCUAAUAAUAAUACUGCCUCUUAUUUGUAUUUAUGUUCAUAAUAUCAUACAUGUGUAUACACGCAUACAUGCGUAUUUGUGUGCAUAAAAACACCAGACACCUAUAUAUGUGCAUAUAUAUAUACACACACACACAGUAUACUGUAUACAAUAAUUCUGUUCCCAUAGAUGUCUGGAUCAUGUCUAUAUACAUAAAAUAUGUAUAUACCUACCAUAUAUGUGCGUGUACAUAUAUUCCUCAGAGUUACCCUAUAAUUUAAAGAUUUUUUUUUAGUAUUUUAUUUAUUUAUUUGAAAGGUAGAGUUACAGACAGAGGGAGACACAGAGGGAAAGGUCUUUUAUCUGCUGGUUCACUCCCCAAAUGGUCUCAAUGGCCAGAGCUGCGCCGAUCCGAAGCCAAGAGCCAGGAGCUUCUUCCAGGUCUCCCACGUGGGUGCAGGGGCCCAAGAACUUGGGCCGUCUUCCACGUCUUUCCCAGGCCACAGUAGAGAGCUGGAUUGGAAGAGGAGCAGCCAGGACCAGAACCAGCGCCCAUAUGAGAUGCCGGUGCCGUGGCCCUGACCCCGUAAUAUGGAGAUUUAUAUUCAGAAUGUAAGCUAGUGUGUACAAGGUCUCUGAGCAAAUUCAGAACAGAGCUGGUGCUCAAAUCCUAGGUUUUUAGAACCUAAACCUGACAUUCUUUCAUUAUACUGUAAGCGUGAGCAUUAGACCAUGUCGGUGUUCGGGGAGGGUUGGGAUGUACUUGAGACACUUUGCGGAGCUAUAAAAUAGGGGGACACAGGCACCAGCAGGAGUUGAAGACACUCCUGGAUUGCUGGUGUACUUGACCACCAGGCAGCAUGGUGUCGGAGAUGGGAGGGUAGGAGUAGCCGGGCAGUCAGGUGGGAAGCAGGAGGGGAGGAGAAGGUAGUUCAGUCCCGACAGCAAAUUUGAGGGGCUGAGGAACUUUCCUGCAGAUGUUUCCAGCAUGUACUUCACACUUUAGGGUUGGCGCUCAGCUGGAACUUGGGGGAGGAUGCGCUUUUCAGAGACAGCGUGGAGGCCAGGAGUGAGUGAGGACCAGACUUCGGGGAUGCCUACAUGAAGGGAGCUGAGGAGAGGACGAUGAAUUGGGAGCCGUCUGUGUGCAAACUCCAGCGGAGGUGAGAGCAGCCAGAGGAAUACCCUGCCCUUCGCUCAACACAGACUUGCGUUCCUGCCCAGUGCUGGGCACUGGACCCCUGCCCAGAGUGUGACGGAGGCAUGGCGGGAGUAGCCGUUGCAGGUGUGGUCUGGGAAGGGGGAGCAGACCUCCUAAAUAUGCGUAGACUUGGAUUCUGUGCUAAAGUACACAGGAGGCAGAGGCACCUCCCCUCCCCCACUCCGUCCCCCGCCCCUGCAACUCUGCAGAGGGGAGGUUAAAAGGUGCCAGAGACCUGUCCCUCCACCUGAAAUCUGAGAGCUGUAAGUUUGAUGUCCACAAGAGUAGUUUGUGGAUCAGACUCACAUUUUCAUUUCCAAAAGAUGUGUAAUACCUUCAAACCUCCAUUACUUUAUUUUAUUACUCCUUUUCAUUUAGUAUUUUAUAAGAGAGAAAAGUAUCACUAUUAUUUUUGUAUGAUGAAAAAUUCAGAUAGAAAGAAGAAAUUAGAAAGUAACUCCUCAGAUGACCCUUCAUAGUACAUUAGAUAACUAGAAAUACAAUUUCCUUCCCUUUCUAAAUCCACCUUCCCUCUUUGCCUUCCUAUUGACCUGCUGAUCAUUCUAUGUCUAUUAUUUUAAAUAAAAGUUAUUAGAUUUAUUUUUCAUUAAAUUUUUAAAAAAGGAAAAGAAACUGGUACUUAAAAGAAUGCUUCUUCACUUCAAGAAAUACUAUCUAUUUUGGAAGAUCCAGCUAUCUAAAGUUAAGAAAUGAGAUUAUGAGAAAAAACAACUCAGUUAGGUUUGUGGCUUUAAAAUGCAUGUCUCUGUUAGACCGUGUGCACUAACCUAUGAAAGAUGCUUACGCAUGCCCUACUUUCCUAGACCUUCCCUUUGUUACAGUAGUGUUCUUACUUGAUCAAGCCUAAUAACAUUAAUACUUAGUUUCAUAAUGGAAUCCAGUAUCACCGUGACUACUUCUUUUUUUUUUUUUUUUUUUGACAGGU